UAUAGUGUAAAGUUUCAUCAUUAUCACUCAUAAAAUUUUACACAUCAAACUUGUGCCCUAAUCUCUCCACCAUAUCUCUCAAUAUUUCCACAUAAAUUUCUCUCAUUCCUAAUUCUAAUAACAACAAUACUCAAAAGAAUCAGGAAAAAGGAAAUACCCGAAAGCUAUCGGCAUCUCUGGGUUUCUCUUCUACUCGUCGCCGCCAGAAAUACAACCGUUGGGUUAAAUUGAGGAAAUUUCAACUGCUGUAUCAUUUUAUAUUAUGGGGACUGAAAUUGAGUCAAAAGAUAGCUCUCUCAUUCUCAUCAAGCAAGGAGCUGAAGCUAGAGUUUUUGAGUCUUCUUUUGUGGGAACAAGGUCUGUUGUCAAGGAGCGAUUCUCAAAGAAGUACAGGCAUCCAACUUUGGAUUCUAAGUUAACACUCAAGCGCUUAAACGCGGAGGCAAGGUGCACAACCAAAGCAAGACGACUUGGAGUGUGUACACCUGUGUUGUAUGCCGUGGAUCCUGUGUCGCACACUUUAACGUUUGAAUUUGUUGACGGACCUUCAGUCAAGGAUGUGUUUCUUGAAUUCGGAUCAUGUGGUGUCAAUGAAGAGCGGCUUGGCAAGAUUGCAUCCCAAAUUGGUGAUGUUAUUGCAAAGUUACAUGAUGGUGGUCUUGUUCAUGGUGACUUAACAACAUCGAACAUGUUACUAAGGAAUGAUACUGAUCAGUUGGUUCUUAUUGACUUUGGUUUGAGCUUCACUUCAACUUUACCCGAAGAUAAAGCUGUUGAUUUGUAUGUCCUGGAAAGAGCCCUUGUUUCGAUGCAUUCUUCAUGUGGCAACAUUAUUGAUCGGAUCCUUGCUGCUUACCGCAAGUCAUCGAAGCAGUGGUCAUCCACAAUGAACAAGCUGGCAGACGUGCGACAAAGAGGACGAAAGAGGACCAUGGUUGGUUGAUUCUUUGAGUUUCAUUUCUUAUUGAGGUAAAAAAAGGGUGACAACUGACAACUAAUGAAUGUUGUCAACAUAACUUAUAUGUAUUUCUUAUAUGAACAUUUCUUGUAGUUUAAAAAAUUAAACAUUUAAACUUUGAUUGUAAUCUUCAACUUCCAUGUGUGCCACAAGAACAAAACUGUUAUUUUGACAUUUACAUGUCCAUGGUUCUAUGUAUCUUCUUGUUACUA